AUGGCUUCUCUUCGUGGAAUCCGCAAGAGGAAAGGCCUCGACAUGCCCGAUGACACGUCCGACCUUGAGUUUGAUGGAUGUACGCUGGACGGAGUCUUGUCGCAGAGCGAGAACGAGUCAGAGGACGAAAGUACCGAGUUUGAAGACUUCGACUCAGAUCCGGAUGAAAGUCAGAGUGAUCUCGACAGCAACUCCGUCGACAACGAGCCCAAAACAGUUAACGCUACGCUCGACUCUGGGGCGAAAGGUGGCGGAGAGGGACCUUCUUACCGUGUUGUGACCGAUGCUAACGGCGGGGAGCGCUACGAAUAUGACGAAGUCGACCCCGUCUACGAUAGCGAUGAUACGGACGCUCAAGGCCUAGCGAACACUAUCGGCAACAUUCCAUUGUCCUUCUACGACUCGUAUCCACACAUUGGAUAUGACAUCAAUGGGAAGAAGAUUAUGCGUCCUGCCACUGGCGAGGCUCUCGACGCUUUGUUAGACAGUAUAGAACUUCCGAAGGGUUGGACUGGCUUGACGGAUCCUGAGACGGGCAAGCCGUUGAAUCUAAGCCAGGAUGAAUUGGAACUCCUGCGUCGGCUGCAGCUGGGCGAGGUUCCAGAAGAAGGCUAUGAUCCUUACCCAGACAUGAUUCCGUAUUUCACUAGCAUCGAAGAGCAAAUGCCCAUCAGUGCGACUCCGGAACCCAAAAGAAGAUUCAUCCCUUCCAAGCAUGAAGCUAAGCGAGUUGCUCAGCUUGUCCGAGCUAUCAAAGACGGUCGAAUUCUCCCCUAUAAGCCGUCAGAGGCCAAAGCGGAAGAAGGAGAAAGGGAGGAAGAAGGGUCGUUUUACGAUAUUUGGGCCAACGAGGAGCCCAGAGACCACCACAUUAUGAACAUACCUGCACCGAAGCUCUCCCCACCUGGAUAUGAUUUAAGCUACAAUCCACCACAGGAAUAUUUGCCCACGGCAGAGGAGAGAAAAGCUUGGGAAGACGCAGAUCCCGAGGAAAGAGAAAAGGAGUACCUCCCCGCAAGAUUCGAAUCCUUGCGAAAAGUUCCUGGUUAUGCCGAGUUAGUCAAGGAGCGGUUUGAACGGUGUCUAGACCUUUAUCUGGCGCCAAGAGUUCGCAAGAACAGGUUGAAUAUCGACCCCAAUUCAUUACUCCCCAAACUCCCCCGACCAGAGGAGCUUAAACCUUUUCCGACAAUGUGCCAAACUAUCUUCAAUGGUCACGAAGGUCGUGUGCGGUCGGUGGCCUUUAGUCCGGAUGGGGAAUGGCUUGCAUCGGGUGGUGAUGACGGCACUGUGCGUCUCUGGGCUAUUAAUGGCCACCAAGAGUGGAUGGCGAAACUGAGUUCUGAGGAUGCGGUCGAUUGUAUUCGGUGGCGUCCAAACAGAGAGACUUUCAUUCUCGCCGCUGCAGCAGGGGAGAGCUUGUUUUUUGUCGUGCCCCCUGUCUGCAGCGAUGCCAUGGAGCAGGCGAGUCGGGCGGUUCUUGAUGCAGGUUUUGGGUACGCGGCACCCUCCAAACCUGGUUCCGGAGUCGACGGCGGGGCCAAGGAGUCUUCUGCAAAAUGGUCAAGGCCCGGGUCUAAAUUUGAAGACGCGGGUGUCUUGCUCAAGGCUACUGUCAGAGCAGCAAUAAAAACGCUGAACUGGCAUAGGCGUGGCGACUUUCUCUGUUCCGUCUCCCCAACCGGACAAAGAAGCUCCGUGGCUAUCCACACCCUCUCACGACAUUUGAGCCAGAUUCCCUUUCGUCGACUGCCUGGGCUUGCGCAAGCUGCUCAGUUCCAUCCCUCGCGGCCCUUAUUUUUUGUGGCGACUCAGAGGAUGAUCCGGUGCUAUGACCUUCAGAAGCAGGAACUUGUGAAAAUUGUACAACCUGGAGCCCGGUGGAUAUCUUCAUUUGACAUACAUUCUGGCGGCGAUAACCUCAUUGUGGGUUCGUAUGACCGCAGGCUGCUGUGGCAUGAUUUGGAUCUCUCGAGCCGGCCAUACAAAACUAUGAGGUUUCACAGUGAAGCAAUUCGUGCGGUAAAGUAUCACAGGAACCUGCCGCUGUUUGCAGACGCUAGUGAUGACGGGACUCUUCAGAUUUUCCACGGUAAGGUGGUCAGCGAUCUGAUGGAAAACGCGACCAUUGUUCCGGUAAAAAUGCUGAAGGGUCACGCAGUCGUCAGCAAGCUGGGCGUAAUGGAUGUUGACUGGCACCCACGGCAUCCGUGGUGCCUCAGCGCCGGAGCAGAUGGCACCUGUAGAUUAUGGACGUGA